AUGGGAAAACGAAAGAGAGGCAGCAAGAAUCGGCCAUUGACCCACGAGGAGAUCUGGGACGAUUCUGCACUAAUAGAGUCUUGGGAGGCGGCGGCCGAGGAAUACAAGCUCUACCGUGGCAUCCAAGCUAAAGGGGAGAGCUUGGAGGAUGCUUUACGGGAUCAUGAAGCUAACGAGGCUGAAAAGGCUGCCGAAGGGGCGACGGGGGCUGGCCCCGCCGCGACUACCCAAAACGGUGGAGUGAAUGCACAUCACUCUCAGGAGGUAGCACUUGAUGGCCAGAGUCUUGAAUCCAUGCGAGAAGACGAGGAGCCGCCGCCCACUAUACAGGUUCGUGGCUGUCAUAUGUUGGAACAUUUCACGCCCUUUUCUGGCUGUUUUCCGCCUGUCGCGCAUUCAAUAUUUUGCUUGAUGCAUGUAAAAAUAGCAUUUGCUCACGGUGGCCCACAGCAGGAACCUAUGCCAAAGCGGCUACGUAAAGAAAGGGCCCAAGAAGGCACCGAGCAGACUGAACCUAGCCAGAUGCCCAGCCUAUUCACCAGAAUUCCGCGCGAGGUAUUGGGCACGGCUGAUGGCUUAAACGGCCAAGAAGAUGAAGGUUUGAAGAACUUGAUGACGGCUUGGUACUUUGCUGGAUAUUACACAGGACUCUACGAAGGGCAAAGACGCGCACGCACGCCUCAGCAAGAUUAA